AUGGAUCGCCAGUCGGUCUAUUCUAGCCGCCUUUACGGCACACCGUCUGAAAGCGAAGACUCCAACACACACGUCCGCGCCCUGCUCGAGUCCUUCAUUCUCGAUUUUCGGCUUGACAACAUAUUCAUUUACAGAGACCAACUGCGGGAAAAUGCGCUCCUUAAAAAAUACUACUGCGAUGUCAACAUUGGGGACCUGAUCAAGUUCAACGAGGAAAUUGCCCACAGACUGGUGACAGAACCUGCAGAAAUUAUUCCCCUGUUCGAAGCCGCUUUGAAGCGGUGUACACAUAGGAUCGUCCAUCCCCACGAGCCCAACGUCAAACUGCCCGAACACCAACUGCUCCUGCACUCGAACGCCGAAGAUGUCUCGAUUCGCAACCUAGAUUCUCUCACCAUCUCGAGGCUAGUCCGCGUGCCCGGUAUCGUGAUCGGUGCCUCAGUCAUGUCCUCCAAGGCGACCGCAAUCCACAUCCAAUGCCGUACGUGUGACCACGUACAAGAUAUCCCUGUUCUGGGAGGGUUUAGUGGCGUGUCACUACCGAGGCAGUGCGGGAGAAACAGGGCGCCGGGCGACCCAACGGAGAAAUGCCCCCUGGAUCCCUACUUUGUGGUACAUGAAAAGUCGAUAUUCGUCGACCAACAGAUCAUCAAACUCCAAGAGGCUCCCGACCAGGUGCCCGUAGGAGAGCUGCCCCGCCACGUAUUGAUAUCAGCAGACCGCUAUCUCACGAACCGUGUGGUGCCCGGGUCAAGGUGUGUGGUCAUGGGCAUCUUCUCGAUCUACCAGAGCAAGGGGUCCAAGAACUCAAGCGGGGCGGUGGCUAUUCGGACGCCCUACCUUCGUGCCACGGGCAUCCAGACCGACCUCGAUCAGACCGCCAAGGGGCAGGCCGUCUUCUCCGAAGAAGAGGAACAAGAGUUCCUCGAGCUCAGCCGACGGCCCGACCUUUACAACCUCAUGACGGACUGCAUCGCGCCCUCCAUCUACGGAAACCGGGAUAUCAAGAAGGCGAUUUUGUGUCUGUUAAUGGGCGGUUCCAAAAAGAUUCUCCCAGACGGGAUGAAGCUUCGUGGUGACAUCAACGUUCUCAUGCUGGGUGAUCCCGGUACCGCCAAGUCACAGCUGCUCAAAUUCGUCGAGAAGGUAGCACCCAUCGCCAUCUACACAUCCGGCAAAGGUUCAUCCGCGGCCGGUCUGACGGCCUCGGUGCAGCGUGACCAGUCAACGCGCGAGUUCUAUCUCGAAGGCGGUGCCAUGGUGCUUGCCGACGGCGGUGUCGUGUGCAUCGACGAGUUCGACAAGAUGCGUGACGAGGACCGAGUGGCCAUCCACGAAGCCAUGGAACAGCAGACAAUCUCCAUCGCGAAAGCCGGCAUCACCACCAUCUUGAACGCCCGAACGUCGGUUCUCGCAGCGGCUAACCCCAUUUUUGGGCGGUACGACGACAUGAAGACGCCGGGCGAGAACAUUGACUUCCAAACCACCAUUCUCUCCCGUUUCGACAUGAUCUUCAUCGUCAAAGACGAGCAUGAGCGCGGCAAGGACGAGCGUAUCGCGAAGUACGUCAUGGGAAUCCAUAUGGGCGGCCGCGGCGUGGAAGAGCGCAUUGAAUCCGAGAUCCCUAUCGACAAGAUGCGCCGCUACAUCAGCUACUGUCGGUCACGCUGCGCCCCCCGCCUCUCCGACGCAGCAGCCGAGAAACUCUCCUCCCACUUCGUCGCCAUCCGCAAACAAGUCCACGCCGCCGAACUCGAAGCGAACACACGCUCCUCGAUCCCCAUCACCGUCCGUCAACUCGAAGCCAUCGUGCGCAUCACCGAAUCCCUCGCCAAACUGACCCUCUCCCCCAUCGCCACCGAAGAGCACGUCGACGAGGCCAUCCGCCUGUUCCUCUGCUCGACCAUGGAUGCCAUCAAUCAGGGCAGCAACCAGGGCAGUCGCGAGCUGAACGAGGAGGUGAACCGUGUUGAGUCGGAGUUGAGGCGUCGGUUGCCGAUUGGGUGGAGUACCAGUCUGGCGACGUUGAGGAGGGAGAUGGUGGAGGGGAAGGGGUUUAGUGAGACGGCGCUGAAUCGGGCGUUGAUGGUUUUGCAGAGGAGGGAUACCAUCAUGUUUAGGAACCAGGGGGCGCAGGUGUAUCGGAAUGGGGCGUAG